AGGUGGUUCCGGGUCGGGGGCCUCAGACCAGUUGAGAGCCACGGGUGGCUGGCCCAUGGCGGCGCCCAACCUAAGGGUGGAGUUGGACUCGCUUCUCCUGCAGCUGCUCAGAGACCUGGAGGAGCUGGAAGUGAAGCGGGGGGCGCUGAACGCUCGAGUGGAGGAGGGCUGGCUCUCGCUUGCAAAGGCUCGCUACGCAAUGGGUGCCAAGUCUGUAGGGCCCUUGCAGUAUGCCUCUCGCAUGGAACCCCAGGUCUGUGUGUGUGCCAGUGAGACCCAGAACGGAUUCCAGACCUUCAGGGUGGUGAGAGCUGAUGCCCAGACUCCAGAGGAGGUGGGGCCCAGAGAGUCAGCUUUGCGCAGGCGCAAGGGCCCUACCAAAACUCCAGAGCCAGAGCCCUCUGGAGCCCCACAGGACCCCCUGAACUGGUUUGGAAUCCUGGUUCCUCACAGUCUGCGGCAGGCCCAAGCCAGCUUCCGGGAUGGCCUACAGCUAGCUGCAGAUAUAGCCAGCCUCCAGACCCGUAUCAACUGGGGUCGAAGCCAACUCCGGGGGAUCCAGGAGAAACUCAAGCAGCUGGAGCCUGGGGCUGCCUGACCGUGUCCACAGAGGCAGGCACUCAGCACAGCUGUUCAUGGAUGUGGCUGUCUUUUCUCAGGCAUUCUUCUUUCAUAAAUAGUCCCUGCUCCAACCUCCAAUCCAGCUAAUGCCCUCUCCUUAAAAUGUCAUUGGUCUUCAUAUUUUCGACUUUGUUAGGUGUGAAGUUCCAAGUUUUUAAUCCUAUGUUCACAUUGUGAGAUAUAAACAUUUCUUCCCAAACUGAGUAAUAUGAAAGUCACCUUCUUUGGAACCACUUUUAGGCCCAUGUUAUCAUAGGAAACUCCCACCCCCACCGCAGAGAGCAAGUACAAGGUUGUUCGUGUUAGUGAACAAUUGAACGACCUCAUAGAUGAGCCAACUGCAGUCUCAUUCCUGGAUGAUGAAAUACUUCACAAACAGUGGCAGGAAAGGAUAAGAGGUAGUGCUUCAGGGUCACCAGAUCCUCAGAAUUGACUUGGAUAGAGGAGAAGAUUGUACAUGACCAACAGAUCAGGACAAUAUGAGUUAAUAAAAAUACAAACAUCUACCUGAGUGUGAUGUGUGCCCCCCUGUUGUCCCAUUUACUCAGGAGGCUGAGGCAGGAGAUCACUUGAGGCCUUGAGUUUGAGACUAGCCUGGCAACAUAAUGAGAUUCUCUCUCAAAGACAAACACCUGAGUAGACAGGUAGCCCUUAGCAGGAUCUAAACCAGGAAGUAAAAAAGGUUUGACCUGGAUAUGUUUAGGAAGAGACUUGUCUAUGUUUCAAAAACCUGCCUUUAUCUUACCAGGAGUGAGGCAAAGACAUUCUUUAUUUUUUGAAGGGCCAGUUGUGUAUUUCCUGUUCUGAGAACUCUUGUGUUUCACUUUUCUACUGGUGGUUUAUCGUUUUAGCAGUAUCUAGGGGUUCUUUUUCUGUUUGUUUUUGUUUUUUGCCAGGGGUGGUGGGGGUAUGUAAUCCUUUGUUCAUAAUAUGAGAUGUAAAUAUUUCUUCCCAGUUUGUCUUUAA